CACGUGACAGAACUAGUGGGUAAAAAUCCGAGCGGGAUGAUGGUAAGAGGUACGUCUUAAAUCCCAGAAUAGUGAAUUUCCGUUUAACAAGGGGUGUGCAAAAAAAAAAAAGAAAAUUAAAAAUAAUAAUUUUCAUGAUCAUUGUCAUCUGGUAGUAUACAUACAAAAAAAGAUGUGGCUGUUACGCAACCCGCAAAACUGGCUACCAAGCAUUGCGAAGCGGAGCCUCUCCCCACCCCUCCUUCAGCUGUACUGUGUAUAAAUACCACGGUUCGGGGGCGCACGGGGAGCGCAGUUCAUUCCACGGAGUUUUCACCGCGGUUUUCCGGUUCGAAAUGGCACCAGCCAAGAAGGGAAUCCUGGAGCGGCUCGAGGCGGGUGACGUCGUGAUCGGGGACGGAGGCUUCGUGUUCGCCCUCGAGAAGCGGGGCUACGUGAAGGCGGGACCGUGGACCCCCGAGGCGGCCGCCGAGCACCCGGAGGCCGUGCGACAGCUGCACAGGGAGUUCCUGAGAGCCGGAUCCAAUGUCAUGCAGACGUUCACCUUCUACGCCAGCGAUGACAAACUGGAGAACAGAGGCAACGUGCUGCAGUUCACUGGGCAGCAGAUCAACGAGGCUGCGUGUGACCUUGCCAGGGAGGUGGCCGGCGAGGGAGAUGCACUGGUUGCAGGUGGUGUUUCCCAGACACCCUCCUACCUGAGCUGCAAGAGCGAGGAUGAAGUGAAGGCUGUUUUUAAGAAACAGAUGGAUGUCUUUGUCAAGAAGAAUGUAGACUUUUUGAUUGCAGAGUACUUUGAGCAUGUGGAGGAAGCGGAGUGGGCCGUCCACGUUCUGAAGAUGAGCGGAAAGCCGGUUGCGACCAGCCUGUGCAUUGGACCCGACGGAGAUCUGAAUGGUGUCAGCCCGGGCGACUGUGCUGUCAGACUGGUGAAGGCUGGUGCUCAGAUCGUGGGUGUGAACUGUCACUUUGACCCCAUGACCUGCGUGAAGACUGUGAAGCUGAUGAAGGAGGGAGUAGAGCGAGCUGGACUCAAGGCCCACUACAUGGUGCAGCCCUUGGCAUACCACACCCCCGACUGCAACCGCCAGGGCUUCAUUGACCUGCCAGAGUUCCCCUUCGCUCUUGAGCCCAGAGUCGUGACCAGGUGGGAUGUACAGAAGUACGCCAGGGAAGCAUACAAUGCAGGCAUCCGCUACAUCGGGGGCUGCUGCGGGUUCGAGCCGUACCACAUCCGUGCUGUGGCAGAGGAGCUGGCGCCUGAGAGAGGCUUCCUGCCUGCUGCUUCUGAGAAGCAUGGCAUGUGGGGCAGUGGCCUUGACAUGCACACCAAGCCCUGGGUUCGGGCCAGGGCUCGUCGGGAUUACUGGGAGAAGCUGAAGCCUGCAUCUGGUCGCCCCCUCUGUCCCUCCAUCUCCACCCCAGACAGCUGGGGGGUGACCAAAGGCCAUGCAGACCUCAUGCAGCAGAAGGAGGCCACCAGCGAGGAGCAGCUGAAGCAGCUGUUCAAGAAGGCUGAAGCCAACGACUGAUGUGCCCUCCUUUUGGGGAGCGGAGGGGACGCGAGUCUCGCACUCAUUCCUACAAAAAAUCCACAAUCCACACGUGCACGAAAGCCGUACUGUUCUCAAACUUCAGGACCAGUUUUAUGUAAUCUCAUUUCAAUAAAAUAAUCCUCAUUACCUGUU